UUAUAAGAGUGUGAAAUUUGAUUCAACCGCUCAGAAUCAGCUGUUAUCUAACAAACCGGUAAAAUUGUUUACCAAUGAAACUCCUGGAUUAUUUUAUUUUAUUGAAGUUUAAUAAUUAAAUUUUAUCAAAAAACUGUCUCUGUAUUUUUACAACCGAAUUUUUGUCCUUUCAGCUCCAAUUUCAUCACGGUAAUACAUCAUAAAUGACAAAGGAAAGGUAUCUGUAUUAGCACGUCAAUCUAAAUACUCAACAUGUGAUUGAAAGUGAACAGUGCCUUGUGUUUUUAUUCAUCAUUGACACACCUCAUUAAUGAGUGUAAUUAUUACAUUUGUGGUUAUUUUUGACUGUCAAUAGUUGCUGUUAAGCUUAUCAAAAUUCAUUCAACUGUUUGACUAAUUUUCCGUGCAUACAAGUUUGAUCUUUUCAAUACCGAAAUGGCCUUAAUUGCUAUCUGGAUGGUUUCUAUAGAGAACCGGUCAAUAUUAUUUCGUCGAUAUUUCCCCAGUAAUGGAACCAAAGCGAGUGACGGUAAAAUGGUUGCAAUGUUGACAAUGAAGGAGGAAAGCCAGUUCGUAUCUGGACUGAUGAGUUCUUUAGGAAUCGAUAGUUCGUUUUCCAAUGCAUCUAACUCUGACUCUGAGUAUUCAUUUUCAUUCGAUUGUACCCAAAUCAAUCAAUUACCAGCUUUGGGAUUCAACCUUAAAGGCUACAAGCUAUGGCCCAUUAUUGUAUUGGAACAUAAAGGAAUUCUUUUCUGUGGUUUGCCUGUUGUAAAUAACACGUCAUCCAAUUUAAUUGAUCAUAUUGGAGUCUCUGUGACAGUAUCAACAUUACAUGCAUUAAUAAACCAUUUCUCUAAAGACAAUAGGUUGUUUCUUCUCGAAGAUUAUUUCACCAAGAAUCUUCCCUUUGGCUCCCAAAUCACUAAUCCAUAUGAAUUGGAAGAUGAUACGUUCAACAAGACUGACUCUGAAACAAAAGCGUCCACUUCAUCCUCCUCCACAUCGUCAUCAAAACAAGAAUUGGUUCUUACAGUCCGUGUAACUGAGUUCAUCUCGUCUUCUGAGCCAGACCAUGAAAUGAUCCAUGGAACUGUUUACAUUACAAAUAAUAUUGUCUUCUCUGGUAAUCCUUUAUUAACCUACAGAGUUGAUAAUCUAAAUGAGCUUAAUCCAAUCUUGUCACCUCAUUGUUGGCUUAAUAACAGUAACUUUUCCUCUUCGAUAUCAUCAUCAUCUUCAUCGACAUCUUCUUCUCCGGCUUCUGUAUCUUCAUCAUCCUUUUCUUGUAUAUGCUCUAAACUCAAUUCCAAAGCUUUAAGAUUUUUCCAUUAUAAAUGCAACCCAGGAUUAAUAUCUGAACCAUUCCUUCAGUACAACUAUAGUCUGACACGAAAGAGUGACUUGAUUUUCCAUCUUGAUAUGUCCAUCACAAUUAAAAAAGCCAAUUUGAUGAGAUUCCAUUCUUUCAGGAUUAACUUCAAUCGACUACCUCAAAGUAUAAUCAGUCGUUUAUCCAAUUGUGCACCAAGCCAAGGACAGCUUCAUAUGGACAAACAAAGUGGUUUUUAUUGGAUUGUUGGAACUAAAAUACCUAAAAGUGGAAAAUUAAAGUUAAAUGCUGAUAUAAAUUGUCAAACUCUUUCAGCUGACCAAUUUGAUGCUUCGGCAGUCUUCAGAGUAGACAAUUAUACUCAUGGAUUUCCGAGACCUCGCGGUGAAAACUUUACUCUAAGCGACAACCUUUAUUCAAUCAAUUUUAAAUUAAUGCCCCAACUAACACUGGCAACAUUUGAUUAUCGACUCAAAGCAACUCUUAUUUAAGCUUGUCAAAUCAUUAAUUAGUCAAAUGAAACAUAUCCUCAUGUAUUAAAUAUAUUUAAAAAACAAA